AUGAAGGUCUUGUCUAUGGUUGACUGUUGAAAAUUUGGAUAAAAAUAAAUUACAUUAAAAAUUCUAUUUUUUCACCAUUUCUAACGUAGCCUGAGUGCGAUUACGAAGAGAAGAGGAAAAACGUGAUUUUUUAGAAAUGGCGAUUUUUAGACUAACCCGUCUUGUGGCACAGUCCAAGACUUUAACGAAACACGAACCGAUUAUACAUUUAAGAACUGCAACUACUACUCCAACUGGUGCUAUUUUACCCGAACCACAAAAACAACCUUUUGGUUUGCUGUGUAUUGUUUUUGCUGUCGUCCCGGGCUUACUAAUCGGAGCUGCUAUUAGUAAAAACAUAGCAAAUUUCCUUGAAGAAAAUGAACUCUUUGUACCAUCGGACGAUGACGAUGAUGACGACUAAUUUCAUAACUGUUUAAAUAAUGCUUGAAAUUGAUUUGGGCAAAAA